GACUAGCACUUGAAUUGUUUGAAAUGUGUGUCCUGGAAUCAAAGGAUUUUCGACUUGUCCCUUUUUCAAAAUUUGUUAGUAUUUAGGUUUCAGUGGUGUCAGGCGGCCUUAUCGGUGGUUAUGCAGUCGCUGUUGGUCCAGAAAAUCGCAGGCGGAGGCUGACGCCGUGGGGAGGAUCCUGCAUGAUCCUGGGCAGUAUCAUUCCGUUCGUGCAGGCACUAACAUAUCGCCGUUCGAAAGUUAUUUUCAAUAGUUCGAGUCUUUUUGAAUUUAAAUGACAAGCACGUCUAGCUCUUGAAAGACAAGCUGAUUUUCGGCCAUGAGGCGAUCAUCAAACGCAGUUCUUCAAUCCCAAACCUCCGAACCCUUAAUCGUGGUUGAAGAUUCGUAUUAUGAGGACCCAGAAGAGCAAAAAGCGAGUGAUCCUGACUCGCACCACAGUUCGGAGGACGAGUCUCCCACCAUGAACCCAUAUCUCCUGUCUCCAUACUCACGAGACGUUCGUAAACACUCCCUGCCAACGCCCCAAUGUAGUGGAAUCACAGCAAGUCAGGUCCGGCGUUUAUCAGAACGGGGGGAAACCGUUGGGCCUGGACCUAGACAAGCUGAGUUCCUGGCGACACUUUCGACAGCACCGGCCCCUUCUCCAGGAGGUCGGAGACAUUCUGUGGUGACUAUUUCGAAGGUCCCUCCGACUUUGUUCGGGAGGAAUAGACGGGAGUCUGUAGCGGCGUUUUCCUCUGGUACUGGGUUUCCGACAAGAGUGCUUCCGAAUAGACGGGAGUCCAUUGCUUGUCCGCCGUCAACUGAACCUCGAGGAAGUGUCCAUAAUCUCCAGUUGGAUAUAAUGGACGAUAUAGUCCAAGCGCGCAAAGUCCGGAUGAAGUUGUGGACAACUAGCAAUGAACGCGUUUGUGAAGUUCAACCCCUUGACGAUUCCAAAGCUGGUGAUGUUCAAAGAUACACAAAUUCUUCCAACCGUCGGUACUCGGACUUUGUGGGUACCACUUUAGCGCCUAUUCCGAGUUCGAGCAAGCGGCGAGCGUCCGAACUGCCGCCCCCCAACACCUGCACCACCACAAGCGCAAGUAAGCCACCCACCAUCGGAAUAGUUUGCUCUAAUACUGAUCUUAUCUCUAUUUUAUCUUCCCUUUCGACGUCUUCCACGGAAAUAAAUCAGUGUGAGACAGCACGAAAACCUGAACCCUCGUCCUCCAAAGCCAUUGACCAGAAACGCAGUCGAUUGAAGAGCAACAGGUCGAGUAGUUUCGACAUUUCGAUCCUUCACAGCGAUAGCGAAAAUACGCCUUCGAACUGGUUCGCCAAACGACAUCAACCGAUUUCAAACCGAGUUGUUGAGAAAGAGCCCGGAAAGGUGGUUUGGGACGAAAGAAGCGGAUCGUUGGUGGAUGCACAAGCUUUAGGCAGUGCUAUUGAGGGCUUUCUCAGACAAACUACACCAGAAACAGGUAGCACCACCUCACCACACACUUCACCCAGCAAAUGCAAAACACCAACAAAUAAAAGCGCCGCUGGUCGGGCUAAAACUAGUUGGUUUUCGAGCAAGGGCGAAAGUGACUCAACCGAAACCUGCGACUCUUCACUCUGCUCAACUUUGAAAGACUUGUUUGUAAAAUAGUCAACUAGACUCGAGUGCUGCUGCAAUAUGUUUAGAUAAAUCUAUCUAAUCGGUGUUACAAUAUAAAUGUGUCUUAUUCGUAAUCACUUUGGUGGAGUACAAUCAAAUAUUCCCGAAACUUUUCUGUUUGUUGAUAGUUGUUUAGUAAGUGACCUUCGAAGACUAGACCAAAAACAGUUUGUCAGGUACAACUAGGAUCAUUCGCAGUACUAAGGCUAUAACAAAUUUUGUUACCAUUCUUGUGUGUUGGAAGCGCUUCCCUCUCGAAUGCCGAAACAGUACCAACAAUAACCAAAUUUUCAGUUGUGUAAUUCAUUAAGUUAAGGUGCCUUCUUACAAUGUCGCGUAAUAAGUCUGACUUGAUUCGAGAGGAAUUGGAAAACUGUAUAAAUGUGGUCGCUUUGCGGGUCAAAGUGUUACCACCUAGCAAAACUGUAAAUAAAAUUUUGGACCAUAUUAAUGUUGUGUAUAGACAAUCCUCAUGAGUUCUAACGUGUGUCACAUGUUUCAAAUCAAUUUUGAAGCUACAUUCUAAAAACUGUAUAUUUUAAAUACUCAAUUUAAUGUUAUACUGACUCGAUAUACUUAUAAAGACAUAUUGUUGUUUGAUGUUUUUAAUCGUUGUUGUAUAUAGCUCGAUGUACAGACUGUUGUUAUAAAUGUUACAAUAAAGAAUGUUUCUCUAAUUAUUUAAAAA